ACGAGUCUGUGUUCGGGGUUAUGGGUAAUGUAGUCAGUGAUGAGCUACGGGUGAGGGGGGGAGGAGGGUGUACACCUCCUUAUAUUAUAAUUAGCUCAGAAGGCUGGUCAUAUUCACCUGACUCCAAAUGGUGCAAGUCAAGCAGACUUAGCAUGCUAAGUGUUAGCAGACUGGCGGUAAUCAGUCGUAAACAGAAAACGUUCGUUCUUUCGGAGUGUGUGAAGACCGAUCGAAGUCUGACGUCGUGCGAGGACUCGAUGUGACCCGAAAACACAGUUUUCUCUUUCAGAAUCAUUCGUUUGAUCAUCAGACGUUAACCUGGACACUGAGGACACAAAGAGAGAAAUGCAAAUGAAUGAUACCAAACCAAAUCCUGUUAAUUGUGCCAUCGCGAGGGGGAGACGCUUUCGCACGCUGUCAUCCGCCGACAGAAAGAAAAAGGAAAACAAAAGAAAAAAGACAUGAGAGGAAGACAAGACAGAGAGACAUGCUGGAUGGAGAGAAGACUCUGCUGGAGGUCCUUUCAGUGCCUCAUCAAAGAUGGCCGACGGGAGCAGACAGACGCUUUCAUCGGUAGGUGCUUCGAUCUUCAAGAGCGGUUAAUGCUAACUCUCGCUUUAACAUUCAAAUAUUAUCCUUUUAUUUGCCCCGUCUCUUUUCUCUGUCGUCCCGGUGAAGUGAGCGAGGGCGCUAGAGGAGGGCGCAAGGGUGUGAGAGGAGGCCUCAUUGUGCCUCGUGCUCAAAGCCACCACGUCGAUUAUUCUGACUGCUGGGUGUUAAAAUGGGGGCAAAAUCACACUCGCAUCAAAGAAAACCAUGCAGAAGGGGGCAAUUCUAAGCUUCGUAAGAAAGAUGUUUAAAUAGCCGCAGGUGGCAAAUCCCAUAAUGCACUGCGACUAAUCCACUCAGAGAAGUUCAACACAAUAACACCCCACACACACACACACACACACACACACACACACACACAUGGCAUGUGCUAGUUAAACACAUUAUUUAUUUUAAAUAAAAUCUAUAAAGGUUCUUUUCAUUUGUACAAAUCUUCAGUAACUCUGUUGUGGGACUCUGAGGUGAAGAGCCGAGAUCCAGGAUGAGGUCAGGAGGUCUGAUGAGUUGGAGAUCAUCAGCAUAACAGUGGAAGGAGAAACCCUGUGGAGAUACGCAGAGAAGUCCACACAGACAUUGAAAAUGAAAGGCCCCCAGCACUGAGCUGUGAGGGACACCUGUAGGUUUCAUGGAGGACACUGUGGUUAGCUAUGACUGGACUAGGGAGCUCCUCAGAUUCUGUCAAGUGUGUUAAUUAGGAUCAGAGUGGAGAAAAUGGCGAAGAACCAAGAGGAAGAAUAAUCAGAAUGUUAUGAGCUCCUCCCCUUCUUUAGUGGAUCCUUGAGUAUUUAGUCUGUAGGAUGGUGUGGGCAGGAUGAACACCUCCAGCUUACACUCCAUGUAUCUCCUACUCUUGCUCCUUCUGUUAUUGCAAGGAAGCAGGGUUCUAAAGGCAUCUGAUGUCUCCUGCUCCAGUGUGGAUCCUGCUUCUGUUAUCUACAUGACAACGGUGUCUGGACCGAAGCAGGAGUUUAUAGACCUCACAGGGGGAUCUGGGGGGAACCGGGUAUUGAUGGAUCUCAGACUGGUAGAAGAAGGUUUGGGACAUCAGCAAUACCAAGCCUGAGGGAACAAUGAUGAGUUAUCAUCCUGAAGUGUUCAGUCAAAGCCAAGCUGUGAGCUUUUAAACACUACUUUGUGUGUUCCUCUGUUGUUUCUCUUGUUUUGUGAAACUGAGUUAAUGAGACUGAGAUGAUCUACAGCACUGAGACCUGGAGUAGAAGAACACUUUAAAAACUUUCAUCAUCACAAUUAAGCUAACAAUUUCAGACAGCCUGUGGAUAGCAGAGAAGUGUGUGUGUGUGUGUGUGUGUGUGUGCCUGUGUGUGUGUGUGUGUGUGUGCGUGUGUGUGUGUGUGUGUGUGUGUGUGUGUGUUUGUGUGUUCGUGUUUUAGGAAACAGGUGCAGGAGAAUGCUGACAUGCCGCAGUUCAUCAGACCACUUAUGUGCUGGAUGAAGUGCUCAGCCUGCUCUCUUUGACAGCUCACUCACACACUUCAUCGUGUCAACAGAUGAGUGUGGGGUUAUUAAAGGACCACACCUUUGUCCAGAUCCUGUGCGUCUCCAUCGCAAACCCUAAGUGGUGAUGACGACAAGAGCGCCACGUCACCAUGGUGAUGCAGUCGGCCAUGUUGGGCAGGCCGUUCUCCGUCCUCCGGUCCUGGGAGAGGAGAAUGUAAAGGGCGACACAGUUCGACCCGAGAGCUGCGAACCAGAGGGCAGGGCCUCGUCUGACCACGCCCACCCAAGUUGGGCGGAGUCUUUGAACAUGCUGCUGGACGACCAGGACGGAAUCUCGCUGUUUCGGGAUUUCCUCUCUCAGGAAGGAUGUGCUGAUAUUAUUGACUUCUGGUUAGCAUGCAGUGGAUUUCAGUUAGCAUUCUGUGCUCCUCUGAGCUGGUCAUCUACAUCCAUGGACUUGAUGAACAAACGCAGGCUAAAACUUGCUAAAGCCAUCUACAGGAAGUACAUCAUCAGUGGCGGAACCGUGGCGAAGAAAAUCAAACCGGUGACGAAGAGUUUCAUCAACGAGCGAGUCUGUGGCUCUCAGCUGGACUCAGCACUGUUCCAACAGGCCAAGCAGGAAGUGCAGGAGGUCAUGGAGGUGGAAGUGUAUCCUGUCUUCCUCAAAUCCCACAUCUUCCUCAAGUACACACAAGAAAUCUGCAACGAAUGGGAAAAUCACCAAUGGGACCUAAACAGUCACAAACAGGAAACAGGAAAUGACAAAACGGAACCAAUUAACUCUAAACAAGAAGCAAACAGCGAACAGGACGCUAACGGCCUCACGCCGGAAACAGGAGCCGACAAACAGGAAGUAAACAGCAAAGUACAGGAACCAAAAAGUGGCAAAAAGGAAGUGCAGAGGUUCCUUCCUGAGAUAGUAGAGAAGAGAGAAUGGGCGGAGUCUGAGAUAGUGCCAGCCAAUCACAAGACAUCUGAGCACUGGGAGUCUGGGUACACACUGAAGCCCAGAAUGAUUCUGGGGGGUGUGAAAGCUGGUGCCCACAAAUCGUCCCUCUUACACAAACCUCAUAUACACUGUAUUCCGAAGGAUGUCCAUGCAGAACCUCAUAAGUUUGCUGCUGAUCUGAUCAGCCGUCUGGAGCUUGUUCAGAGGGAGAGAGAGAACUGGAGAAGAGUGAAGGAACAUCUGCACCCAGUCAGUACGAAGGAAAAUGAUGAUGAUGAGGUUUCUACCGCAUCCUCCUUAUGUCCCGCCCACCUAGUCCCUGCUCAUCAUGGCUCCCCCCAUUCCAAGGUUCAGCUGUGUGACACUCACACUGAGAAUCCUGAGAUCAUCCUGGAUCAGCAUGGUCAGUGUGGUCAGCAUGGUCAGUGUGGUCAGCAUGGUCAGUGUGUGACAAGGACACCCAGCUUGAGUUCUCCUACAACACACACACACACCUGCCCCACUGACACCUGGCUUUAUGGAGACAUGACAGGAACCAAUCAGACUGAAGUUCUGAGUUACAGCUCCAGCAGGAAGUGUGUGUGUAAGAGCGUGACAGUGGCGUAUUAUUUCUGUGGUGAGCCGAUUCCAUACCGAACGACAGUGAAAGGUGGAGUCGUCACCCUGGCACACUUCAGAGAGCUGCUCACUAAGAAGGGAGCCUACAGGUAUUAUUUCUGCGGUGAGCCGAUUCCAUACCGAAUGACAGUGAAAGGUGGAGUCGUCACCCUGGCACACUUCAGAGAGCUGCUCACUAAGAAGGGAGCCUACAGGUUUUUCUUUAAGCGAGCGAGCGAUGAGUUCGACUGUGGAGUUGUUUACGAGGAAGUGUGUGAAGAUGACGUCAUCUUGCCCCUGUUCGAGGGCAGAAUCGUCGGGAAGGUGGAAAGAAUCUACUGACCUGCUUAAUUUAACAACUGUCUUUGUUUUAAAUCUCUAUAUUUUCAAUAAUACAUUGUAAACUCGCAUCGUGUAUUUUAUCGUCUCAGAGAGUUUGAAUUGUUUUACUAUAUUUUUGUACGUUUUUAUUUAAUAUAAUUAAUGCUGGUCCUGAUCUCUGAGCUUCCCCCAGAUCGUCACUGAGUAUUCGGGUUAUGUUAAUGAAUAAUGGUGUAAUAUAUCAUGUAUUUAGUGUCUUUUAGAAGUGAAUUCAAUGCUUUAGUUUUAAGAUUUUUACCUAAAAAGUGCCUUCAGUGUUCAUUUGUCUCUGUAAUAAACAUUACUGUUAUA